UUUCUGACGGGGUAUAUAUAUCAGGGCGUCAGCGGGUCCUUGCCGACACCUCGCGCCUGCGAAGGCGUCGCUCGCUCCGGGCAGCAGGCGAAAGCUGCUCGCUGUGCUCCGGACCUCCGGAGAGGAGUGGGGGCGCCUCUCGCGGAUGGAAACGGGCGUUUGUUUCAUCAAACUGAUUCGUGGUGUGGACAUGUUUAUCUGAGCUCGCGGCGUGCUUCGCCGCUGGAGGAGGCAACCUCAGAGGUGGUUCAACACGGCUGACAUCACAGUGGCUCACCAAAGCAACCUACUGAAGCAGCUCAACCAGCAGCGCCGUCAAGAGCUGUUCUGUGACUGCAGCGUGCUGGUGGAGGGGCAGCUCUUCCUGGCCCACCGCAACAUUCUGUUUGCCAGCAGCGGCUACUUCCGCAUGCUGCUGUCCCAGAGUUCCGACAGUUCCCUCGAGACCGUCAAUGCCACUUUUGACGCCUUCAGCCCAGAAACCUUCACCAUUAUCCUGGACUUCAUCUACUCGGGUCAGCUGGACCUCUCCAGUCACAAUGUCAUCGAGGUCAUGUCCGCAGCAAGCUACUUACAGAUGAACACUGUCAUCAACUACUGCAAGAACUUCAUCAAAUCCUCCUUGGACAUCAGUGUUAAAGAAGAAGACAGCGACCGGGGCCUCAGCUUGUCUGAAACCUGUAGUUUUGCCAGCGGAGCAGGUGAAGAGUCUGCAGAACAGCCACAGCCGGGACCCGGUUCUGUCAGCCCGCCACCAGCACUCUGGACCCGCGACAACUCCAGGUCCCAGUCUUCCUUUAAAGACCCGGAAAGGGAGGUUUCUGCCUCAGCCUUGAAGACCAGCCCCAACAGUCCUGAGAUUAAUGCAGAGGCAGAUGACCUGCAGGACCCUCAGGACCCUCUGUACACAUUACCCGGAUCGGAGCGCCGGCGUGGAAGAGCGGCGGCUAAACGGAGACCGUCCAUCAGCACCCGUUCCAGCCAACAGGAAGACCAGGACCUUCAGGAGCCAAGGACACUAAAAGUUGAAAAUAUAGACGAGCUUUACGCCUCACUGCCACAAAUCGUGGGUGUUGUCGGGCAUUAUAACAAAGAUUCGAAUCCAGUUAUGCGCUUUAAAUGCCCCUUUUGUACACACACGGUGAAGCGGAAGGCAGACCUGAAGCGUCACCUGCGCUGCCACACCGGCGAGAGGCCUUACCCAUGCCAGGCCUGCAACAAGCGCUUCACCCGUCUGGAGCAUCUGCGCAACCACUUUGAGACGAUUCACCAAGCCAGGAAGCUGGUAUGCAGGAAGUGUAAGUGUCAGGUGACGGAGGAGACCGGGCACGUGGUGUGUGAAGGAACCCGACGCUACCGCAUGUGCACGGCCUGCAUCCAGGAAGUGGGCUGUGACGACAUCCCCCUGGAAAGUCUAGGGGAGUCCAAGGAGGAGCCGGCCCUGUUACUAGGCGUGGAUGGGGAGGAGGAGGGAGACAGCAAGAGAAGCUGGAUGAUGAACGAUGAAGAUGAACUUGCAGAGGACUCUGGGGCAGACCUCAUCAUCCAGCAAGUGGACGACAGCGAUGAGGAGCUGCAGUGAGAUGGGGACGUUGUGUGUACACAUGUGCUCUGUGCAUUUGCUAAAAAGAAAAAAGAUGAAGCAUCAAAAUUGAAGCUGGUGAUGUAAAUACAAACUAUUAUGAUGUUGUAAGAGCCAGUUAGUUACAUACAACUUAUUAAUCUUUCAUUUCAAUAUGGUUUUUGUAAAUUAUUUUAAAGAUAUGCAGUAUCCAAAGCAUGUAUAUUCUGUUUUUCACUUUAUUCUGUCAAUUAUAACCUUUUAAGCCAGUGUUUUUAAUCUUUUAAGGCAUGAAAUCACAGCUUUUUUGGAAAUUUCUCUUGGCAUUUAUGCCGAACAAAGUGACUCAAACUGGAUCGCUCAAUGGCUUCCACGGAAUUGUGGAGAAAUGAGAGCAGAUCUUCCUUUUUAAGUGUCUGUUGCAAAUACUUGUUCUUGUUUAUAAAAUGCACUAAGUUUUAAAUUUAUUAAAUUAUUGGUUUAACUGUUUUUAGUUUUUUUUUUACUUUUUGACACAAUAAAGAUAUUUUUAUA